CUGAUGAGAAGUCCUCCUCACUUGAUACAGGAAAUUAUUCUUGUGGACGACUUCAGCUCUGACCCUGAAGACUGUCGACUUCUCUCUCAGAUCCCAAAGGUGCGCUGUCUGAGAAAUGAGCGCCGGGAAGGUCUGAUCCGGUCUCGUGUCAGAGGGGCGUCUGCGGCCUCGGCCUCCAUCCUCACCUUCCUGGACAGUCACUGUGAGGUCAACACAGACUGGCUGCAGCCCAUGAUCCUGAGAGUCAAAGAGGAUCAUACACGUGUGGUCAGUCCCAUCAUUGAUGUGAUCAGUCUGGAUAAUUUCGCCUACCUGGCCGCUUCUGCUGACCUGAGAGGAGGUUUCGACUGGAGUUUACACUUCAAAUGGGAGCAGAUUCCUAUAGAACAGAAAAUGGCAAGAAACGACCCAACACAACCAAUCAGGACUCCUGUGAUUGCUGGAGGAAUCUUUGUCAUGGAUAAAGGCUGGUUUAAUCACCUGGGCCAGUAUGACACUCACAUGGACAUCUGGGGUGGUGAGAACUUUGAGCUGUCGUUCAGAGUGUGGAUGUGUGGCGGCAGUCUUGAGAUCCUGCCCUGCAGUCGCGUGGGCCACGUCUUCCGGAAACGCCAUCCUUAUGACUUCCCAGAGGGCAACGCACUCACCUACAUCAAGAACUCGCGGAGAGCUGCUGAGGUCUGGAUGGAUGAGUAUAAACAGUAUUACUACGCCGCAAGACCAUCAGCGCAGGGCAAGGCCUUCGGGAGUAUUGCAGAUCGGCUUGCUUUAAGACGGAAGUUGAAGUGUAACUCUUUCCGCUGGUAUCUUGAGAAUGUGUAUCCUGAACUCAAAAUCCCCGAGCAGGAAGCGGCGUACAGUCUCCUGAAGCAGGGCGGCCUGUGUCUGGAGAGUCACGGCACAGACAGUCUGGGUCUGGCAGAGUGUAAGACCACACCGAGCAUCCCUGCCUCACAGAAGUGGACUCUGAUUGAACCACAGAUCCGUCAGCAUGACCUGUGUCUGGCUAUCACAGCUUUCCCUGCAGGGUCAAAGGUCAGACUGGAGCCCUGCAACAUCAAAGAGUCCAGACAGAAAUGGAAGCCCAGAGGUCCAGCGCUGCAGCACAUGAUCAGCGGCUUGUGUCUGGAUAGCCAGCCUCCUUCAGGCCCGCCGCUCAUCGCACAGUGCCGCCCCCAGGUGGCCAGCCAAUCCUGGGAGCCGCAGCUGGUCACCUGACUCUGAGAGCUGGCAGGGAAGGCGGGGAAAGGGGAGGAGUUUAGUCAGGUUGCUGAGCUCAAGGUGCUGUAGGAGCCAGAGGAAAACAUUUGCACACUGUUUUAGUUGAAGGUGCUGCUCUCAAACCAAUCGAACAUGACCCUAUCCAAAACAUCUGACCUCAUAUCCUUAGUGUGGAAUAGCUAGAGAGGGAGAAGCGACAUUUCGCCUGCCAAAUCGAAGCCUGAACACGUUUUCGGACAAGGCCAUGGAGCUCACACGGCAUGGUGACAGGAGUGCUUUGCUGAAUGUUGUGUUAAGGACUCAAAA